UCUAACGUUGCCUCUUCUCUGUUUCUGCAGAAACUGUUGAACAAGGUGUGUGUGGGCGCCGCGGCUCGCUGUGUGAGCUUCAGCGCAGACGGAGAGAUGCUGGCGGUCGGGAUGAAGAACGGAGAGUUCCUCCUCCUCCUCACCAACUCGCUGAAGGUGUGGGCGAAGAAACGAGAUCGCAGCAUCGCCCUCCAGGACAUCCGCUUCAGUCCCGACCGCUCUCUGCUGGCGGUUGCCUCGGUUGAGAACACGGUGGAUGUUUACGAUGUGAGCGGAGGACCCACUCUCAGCCGGCUGGUUUACUGCAGCGACCUGCCCGCCUUCAUCCUGCAGCUCGAUUUCUCCGCUGACAGCUGCCACAUACAGGUGUCCACAGGAGCCUAUAAGCGGCAGGUGUUUGAGGUUCCUUCGGGAAAGUCGGUGAGCGACCAGACCAUCAUCGACAGAAUCACCUGGGCAACCUGGACCAGCAUCCUGGGAGAUGAAGUUUUGGGGAUUUGGCCUCGAAACGCAGACAAAGCGGAGGUCAGCUGUGCGUGUGUGUCUCACGGCGGCCUGAACGUUGCCACGGGAGACGACUUCGGUUUGGUCAAACUGUUCGACUUCCCCUGCACAGAGAAGUUUGCCAAACACAAGCGCUACCUCGGUCACUCGGCUCACGUGACAAACAUCCGCUUCUCCCACGAAGACAAAUACGUGAUCAGCACCGGAGGAGACGACUGCAGCGUGUUCGUGUGGAAAUGUCUUUAAAACACAGCUUCCUGUCGUCUGAGCGCCUUAACACAAGUGGAUCCAGAGGGAAUCGAACCAGCGACCUUCAACCUUCGCCAACAGAGUUUACAAGCUGGAGAACAGGCAGAAACAACGUUGCCUGCAGACAAACAAUGAUCACAUGACCCUGAAAAUAAACAACUGACGAGAACCAGAAGACAACACAACAACAUUUUGGAUUUUCACAGUAAACGUUAUUUCCCUGGAGCGAGAUGCAUAAAAUCUGUGUGCACACAAGACGUAAAUAUCUAUUUGUAUUUGUCAGAUGUAUGAAGUUUUAUUUUUUAUGAAUCAUUGUGGAUACAUUCAUUUAUCAAGUCUAUUUUGGGGCCGAAAAUAUUUAAUAUGUGAAAAUACAUUUGGUGUCUCUGUUUAACUUGUUAUUGAAUGAAGAAAAAAACAGCUGAUUACAAACUGUUUAUGGUUAUUAGCUGCUGUAAAUGUUCAUACUAGAAAUUAAAUAUAUAUAUACUAAAAAUACUUAUGAAAGCUCAGAUAUCUAUGUAGGACUAAAGCUGCCAUUACAAUACAUAAAUAACUCAAUGAAUACACGUAGAAAUUAAAGCCUUAAUAAACAAAUGUGUGUUAUUUUGGAAAUCUAAAUUAGAAAUAAACCAAAUUGGUAUUUUUAGUUGACAAAUCUUAAUAUUGAUCUAUUAUUCAUAGAAAUAAAUAAGUAAAUAAACACAUUUAAAAACCAGGUGCACACUUAUUUGAUAAUUGAGGCAUUUAUUCCUACAUAUCUUUAUUAAUUUAUCUAUCAAUGAAUCAAUACAUGAGAGUAACACAUGUGUCACUUCCGGGCAA